AAAAGCAGCUGCAUCGCUCUGCGGUUCCUCUCACUGCUCUGUGCUUUUGGGCCCCUUAGAGAGCAGCAUGUCACUACUAAGGACAAUCAUUUUGGGCAUCAUCCUGACUGGACAUCUGUGUGGAGGUCAAGACGAACUACUAGAGGACAGUUUAGAGACAGCAGUGGAUGAAGUGGCCACUGAGGGAAUCGAGGAGCUGGAGGAACCUGAGGAAGAGGGGUUGGAUCUCAGUCCACCUGAUGACAGACAGCCAUGUGCCAUGUGGAUGGGCGGUGUUCCAGGCACACCUGGGCACAGUGGAAAACCUGGAAGAGAUGGCAGAGAUGGACGUGACGGACAGAGGGGCGAGAAAGGAGAUCAAGGUGAAGCAGGUGAGAAAGGCGACCCUGGAGAAAAGGGAGACAUAGGCAACGCAGGACCAAGAGGCUUUCCUGGCAACCCAGGCCUAAAAGGGGCUCGAGGCGAAAGUGCCUCGUCCUACCAUUCAGCUUUCAGUGUAGGUCUCAGUGAGAUUGUUUCCGCCACCAACGUGCCAAUCCGCUUCAACAAGUUCUUCUACAACGACCAGCACCACUAUGAUGAUGUGUCCGGAAAGUUCCGCUGCGUCCUGCCUGGAGUCUACUUCUUCACGUACCAUCUGACCGUCUACACUAAAGAUGCGAAGGUCAGUCUCUACAAGAACGACAAGGCCAUCAUGUUCACUUAUGACCAGUACCAGGAGACCAAUGUGGACCAGGCGUCAGGCUCUGUGAUCUUGCGUUUGGAGGCAGGAGAUGAAGUGUGGCUGCAGGUCUAUGGAGACGAGACGGUUGGAGGAGUGUAUGCUGAUAAUACCAAUGACUCCACCUUCUCCGGUUUUCUCCUGUAUCCUGUUAGUCCCGCAGAGAGACGCUGAUGAUUUCCUUAAAUUAUGAAUUAUUUGCCUAUGUAAGUUUCAGUUUUGCGCUACGCUAGAGUCAUAAUUCAACACAACUUUGUAUGAAUGUUGAAAUAUUUUUGUGUCCACUAUAACUACAUGCAAAUUACUCAUUAUUCUUUUCACUAUGUAACAUAAAUGCAUAGGUUAAACUAAGGUUCCCUUUCAAGGUUCCUACCUUUAUUUAAAAAAAAAAAAA